AGAUUCAAGUAUGCCCUUGCCAUCAUUCACGUCUUAUUGCAAAAACCAGGCGUGAAAAUCGAGGCAUUGAUGUAUGACAUCGCUCGUCGAAUCAAAUUAGCCAUACAAGUAUGUACUGUAGUAUACUAUUAUUUUAUUAUACCACUUCGAGGGCUACUUAAUAACACGAAGAUCGCAGUUAGCGUUUUUCACGCGUAUGCACAUUUGAUAAAGUGCCAAGUCGACUAUAACCCACGUUAUGUCAAAGGGUUUGGUUUGACCGAUGGAGAGGGCAUGGAACGACUUUGGUCGUAUCUGGGACAGUUUGUUUCC